AUGGUUCGAUACGCUGCCCAGGAGAUCCUCCCCGAGAAGUCGGCCCGCGCCCGCGGUGCCUACCUCCGAGUGUCCUUCAAGAACACUCGUGAGACCGCCCAGGCCAUCAACGGAUGGAAGCUGCAGCGCGCUGUUGCUUUCCUCGAGAAUGUGAAGGAGCACAAGGAGGCCGUCCCCAUGCGACGAUACGCCGGCAGCACCGGACGAACCGCCCAAGGCAAGCAGUUCGGUGUUUCCAAGGCCCGCUGGCCCAUCAAGUCCGCCGAGUUCCUCCUCGGUCUCCUCAAGAACGCUGAGGCCAACGCCGAUGCCAAGGGUCUCGACACCGGUGCCCUGGUCGUCAAGCACAUCCAGGUCAACCAGGCCCCCAAGCAGCGAAGGCGAACGUACCGUGCCCACGGUCGCAUCAACCCUUACAUGUCGAACCCCUGCCACAUCGAGCUCAUCCUGACCGAGGCUGAGGAGGUUGUCCAGAAGUCCGAUGCCGUUGUCGGCCGUGAGCACCUUAGCUCUCGCCAGCGUGGUGCCCGCAUCCGCAAGGCUCUUACUGAGGCGUAA